CCCAAGUGGGUGGGGACCCGCCCAGCCCGGGCGGCCGCGGCGGCUCCCUCUCCCCUCCCUGACCCUCCCACCCUGGGUCCCAGCCUCUACUUACCCCGCCAGCCCCGGGAGGCUCGCAGAGCGAGCGGCGCCGGCGUCAUGUGACUGCCCGGAGUUGGUGCCAGGAGCCAGAGGGGAGCCAGGAGCGGAGCCGCGCGGAGCCGGGGCCCGAGCCGGAGCGCAGCGCGAGCGCCCGCCGCACGCGCGCCCGUCCCCGUUCCUGUCCCCGUGCCCUGCGGCCGCCACCGCCACCCCGGCUGGCGCGCUGACAUUACUGCAUUCGCGGGGUUCGAGGCGGCUCAGAUCUGGGCCUUUAUUUCUCGUCUGCAGCGCUCAGCACCGCGCCUCGAAAAGCCAAACACCAGAGCACCCUAGAAAGCCGAACUAAAAGAAUGCUCAUGUUUGAUCCAGUCCCUGUCAAGCAAGAGGCCAUGGACCCCGUGUCAGUGUCAUACCCAUCCAAUUACAUGGAGUCGAUGAAGCCCAACAAGUACGGCGUCAUCUACUCCACACCGUUACCGGAUAAGUUCUUCCAGACCCCGGAGGGCCUGUCGCACGGGAUGCAGAUGGAGCCGGUGGACCUGACCGUGAACAAGCGCAGUUCCCCGCCCUCUGCGGGCAAUUCUCCUUCCUCGCUGAAGUUCCAGCCCUCGCACCGGAGAGCCUCGCCCGGCCUGAGCAUGCCCUCUUCCAGCCCGCCCAUGAAGAAGUACUCGCCGCCUCCCCCGGGCGUGCAGCCCUUCGGCGUGCCGCUGUCCAUGCCCCCGGUGAUGGCCGCCGCCCUGUCCCGCCAUGGCAUCCGCAGCCCCGGGAUACUGCCCGUCAUCCAGCCCGUUGUGGUGCAGCCGGUCCCUUUCAUGUACACCAGCCACCUCCAGCAGCCGCUCAUGGUCUCCUUGUCGGAGGAGAUUGAGAACUCAAACAGCAGCAUGCAAGUACCUGUAAUUGAAUCAUAUGAGAAGCCUAUAUUACAGAAAAAAAUUAAAAUAGAACCUGGGAUUGAACCACAGAGGACAGAUUAUUAUCCUGAAGAAAUGUCACCCCCUUUAAUGAACUCAGUGUCCCCCCCGCAAGCACUGUUGCAAGAGAAUCACCCGUCGGUCAUAGUGCAACCAGGAAAGAGACCUUUACCUGUGGAAUCUCCGGACACCCAGAGGAAGCGCCGGAUCCACAGAUGUGACUAUGAUGGAUGCAACAAGGUGUACACGAAGAGCUCUCACUUGAAAGCGCACAGAAGAACACACACAGGAGAAAAACCCUACAAAUGUACAUGGGAAGGAUGCACAUGGAAGUUUGCUCGGUCUGAUGAACUGACAAGACAUUUCCGAAAACAUACUGGAAUUAAACCUUUCCAGUGUCCAGACUGUGACCGCAGCUUCUCCCGCUCUGACCACCUUGCCCUCCAUAGGAAACGCCACAUGCUAGUUUGAAUGGCUCCGUCCCCCGCCUCAGCGUGGCUCCCCACUCUCCCGGCUCUCUCUCUGUCCUCCUUCCCAUGAUCUAACUCAUUUUUUACAUGUACAUUUUAAUUUGGAUUCAGCUGGUCUGAAUCUCUGAAUUUAUAUCAUUCAAACUUCCAUAUGGUCAGUAGUAGAUGUUCUCUAAUUCUCCUCUCCUUACCACGGGUCAGACCUAAAGAAUGUGAACACUUUUUUUUUUUUUUUUUUCCGGGGAUGCUAAGCAAACCCUUCUUACAGAUACGUUUAAUGUAAUGAGAACAAGGGAACAUGUAAACUUAAAAUAACCAAUUGUCGGUUUCUCCAUGUAUUUCUCAAAAGAAUGUCAAAGUAAAUGUAUUAGAAAUACAGUAUCCAGCCUGCAAGUCCUUGCCAGGGACGUUCAUACCUCUGUGCCCUGUGAUCGUAUUUUGUGCUCGCCAGCAAGAAGGGUGGACCCUCUCCCAGGCUAGGUAGACAUGCAGCGAGAUUUCAGGUAGGACCGUCCAUCCACUCUUCUUCCCUUCCAUUGCCCUUCACGAAUCCUGCUUGUCAGCUUGGAUUUAUCACGUCCUCUAAAUUAAGUCCUUGAUACUCCUUUGUGCCUGCAGCUAACAAGGAGGUCUUUGCCACCCCUGGAGCUGAGCCAGA